UAAUGUGUUGUAUCGCAAAUGGUGCGAGGCUCCGCUUCGCCUCUGUGUUGUUAUUUUGCGUUCUCGUCUAAUUCAUCGAGUUCGCCGAAGUCUAAGGGACGUUAAAUUAAGAAAAAAAUUACUUUAUAAAGUUUGUGUUAAAAGCUUCCAUACAUUUACUGAGAUUUCACUGUAACGAUUUCACUGCGUGUGGUGAAUUUGCAAGUUUUUAGGUUUGAUGUUUUUCUGCGCUGGAAGCUUUUGAAUAAUUGCUUUUGAUGCUGUAUGUGCUUCUCUCGAAAUAGCCACCAUGAGUGAUUCAAUUGAAAACGUGCUUUUGAAACAAAUCCAGACAAAUGCUGAAUCGAAUCAUGCACCUGCUGUGAGAAAAACCAAUGAAUCUAAUCGCCAGGAAAGAAGGCUUUCUAGGUGUUCCAGCACUAGUUCUGAUCGAUCAACUCGAAAAAGAAAAUACCCAGAAUCACGGAAAGCAGAUGAAAAUGGGCGCACGAAGCGGCAAUGCAAUAUAAAGGCAGAGAUCUUAAAAGUGGUCAAUGAAAGCGGUAAAACAACGCCGAAAGUCAAAACUGCCUCUCGUGAUCUCGUAGAAAAUCAGGAUGGAAGUCUAACUUUUCAAAGGGAUUUUAAAACAUUAGCUUCUUUAAAAAGAAUAAGUGCAGGAGCGUUUUCAUGGGAACUGACCCAUACAUUUACUGAGAGCCAUUCUUAUAAAAACGGAGUACCCGACGAUAGUUGUGAAAUUCACCCUAUUUACGGAGUUCAUAUAGCCCCUUUUACAAUUCCAGAUCCCUGCAUUGAUGCAGAGGAAUCAACAGAACCGCAUUAUCUUAUCGCAACCACUGGUUCUAAAUGGGUUCAAAUUUACACCUGUACAGAGAAAUCCAAAUUGAAAUUAAUACAAGUUCAUUCUGGUCCUCAAAACGAUAAUUAUUAUAACGUCAAGUUUACGAAGUUUGACGGAAUAAUCUAUCUUGUUAGUGCGGGGGAGAACGGAACAGUAAGGGUUAUAGAUGUAGCUAAAGGAGACCUCGAUCACUCUUUCGAGGGUGCUGCAAAUCCAAUAAAUGACAUUCAAAUUCAUCCAAUAUUUCCGGAAGUUAUAGCGCUGGCAUCUAAAGACAUGUCGACUCAUCUGUGGAACAUCAAAUCUCGAACUGAGAUAGCUAUUUUCAGUGGGCGGAGUUUAGAAGGUCAUAGCGAUCAAGUUUUGACGGUCGAUUUUAACCAAGAUGGAACGAAAUUACUGUCCUCAGGCAUGGAUCAUAACGUUAUCAUAUGGGAUCUGGUAGGUAGGUUGGGAAUCGAGAAGGAAAUCGAAUUGUCAUAUGAUCUUUCAAUUAAACAUGAAAGCAGCCCUCGUCUCCCAGUUUGGAAGCACUUCGUGUUUUUGAAAUGCUCAAGUGUUCAUAGAAACUACGUCGACUGUGCUAAAUUUUAUGGCAAUAUCAUCAUUUCGAAAAGCUGCAAUCAAGACGCGAAAGUGUGCGCGUGGAUACCAACGAUAAUGUCGGAAGACGCUAGUCGCGUGAAGUCUGAGGUCGACGUUUUGUUUCAAUAUUCGUUUCCGUUGAAGCCAGAGCCGUCCUGGUUUAUGAAGUUCAAUUUCGACUCUUCUAGGCGUUUCAUGGCUGUCGGAUUAAUGGACGGUCGGGUUAUGGUAAUGGACCUGCAUAGUUCAGAAGAUCCAAUGGAUCUGAGAACUGUUUAUCUGCAGGGGAAAACAGAAAGACAAGGGUUGAUAAGAGAAUCUUGUUUUUCGCCUGAUGGAAAAUUUCUAAUUUCAGUAGACGAAACAGCGAAAGUGUUUAAAUACAACAUCAAAAUUGCACAACCAACUGCGACCAAGAAAUGAUUUGAUUUCAGUGACUACUCGAUUUUAAAAUGGUUUAGCUUUUCUCUAGUUAAAUAACUGAGCUGCUUCUGAGUUUAACUUAAUAAAAGUACCGACUGAUCACUUGAAAAAAAAAAUAAACCGACUGUCAAUCAGAAUAAGUAAGUCCUCGAGCUCACUCCUUAUAUUUCAUUAGGAUAUCGAUGUAUCAGUUUUUUGCAAUGUUUUGAAGUUCCUUUUUGAUUUUUAAUCAAUCUGUACACUGAUACAUGUUUAAGUCUCUAUGUUGACAUAAUCAAAUGCCAAUAUGGUGCGGAGUUCAAAAUUUUUU